UUAACCUAACUUUACUGCUGAGCAAUGACAUGCUCUGGCGUAGAAAUGCUGUUCCACCGGGGCACAGUGUGUCUCCUCUUUAGCUAGGCUGGUUUAAAUAACUGGCUGCUAUUUUCAAAAGGCUAGACACAAUUAACUGGCGCUUCUACACGUAAAAUAUCCCCCAGAAGGAUUUAAAAGGAGGUGGCCGUUAGCAUUCAGGUCAACAGAGACUCUCACAGCUCUUCAGGUUCUCAGCUUUGAUGCAGUACAGUUCAAGAUGACCGAAGAGGUGAUAGUAAUUGCCAAGUUCGACUACAUGGCCCAGCAGGACCAGGAGCUCGACAUCAAGAAGAACGAGCGCCUCUGGCUCUUGGACGACUCCAAGUCCUGGUGGAGGGUCCGAAAUGCCACCAACAAAACAGGCUUUGUGCCGUCCAACUACGUGGAGAGGAAAAACAGUGCCAGGAAAGCAUCCAUCGUCAAGAACCUCAAAGAUACACUUGGGUUCUCGAGGGUAAAGAGCAGGAAAGGCCCGAUGAGAGACACGGCGUCCAACGUGGACGCAGACAUGUAUGCAGACAACGGCGAGCGGCUGUACGACCUCAACCUGCCCGCCCUGGUGAAGUUCAGCUACACGGCGGAACGCGAGGACGAGCUGUCUCUGGUGAAAGGCACUCGGGUGGUGGUGAUGGAGAAAUGCAGCGACGGCUGGUGGCGCGGCAGCUACAACGGACGGUCGGGCUGGUUUCCGUCCAACUACGUGACCGAAGACAUGGACGGGACAGCGGGGGGCGGGGGCAUGGGCGGCGAUCCCGUCACGUCACUGACGGAGAAGCUGGCGGCGGUGGUGAACAGCACCACGAAUGGAAACAGGGUUCUGCACACGGUUCAGGCCCUCUACCCCUUCAGCUCAGGCAACGACGAGGAGCUGAACUUUGAGAGGGGCGAGGUGAUGGAGGUGGUGGAGAAGCCCGAGAACGACCCCGAGUGGUGGAAGUGCCGCAAAGCGGACGGACAGCUGGGCUUGGUGCCCAAGAACUACGUCACAGUGCUGGACUCCUCCUCCCAUAAACCCUCAGCUGGGCUCGCUGGGCCGCCCACACCCGACUGUGACUACAUCUCGCCUUCAGGCAGCGGGCGAUUCGCAGGGAAGGAGUGGUACUACGGCAAAGUGACGCGUCACCAGGCGGAGGUGGCCCUCAACCAGAGGGGCACGGAGGGAGACUUCCUCAUCAGAGACAGCGAGUCAUCGCCAAACGACUUCUCCAUCUCCCUGAAGGCGCAGAGCAAGAACAAGCAUUUCAAAGUGCAGCUGAAGGAAAACCUUUACUGCAUCGGACAGCGCAAGUUCAACUCUAUGGAAGAGCUUGUUGAACACUACAAAAAAGCCCCCAUCUUCACCAGUGAGCAGGGAGACAAACUGUACCUGAUCAAGGCCUUGGCAGCUUCCUGAUCCCCCUCUGUAACACACACACACACACACACACACACACACAGACAGACCUACAUACACACACACUUACACAGUAAAACCUUCACACAGUGUAUCUCCACACAGACACACACAGCAGUACACACACACUAACAUUUAGACUUCAAGCCUGAGGACUUAACACAUCAUCAGGACUUUAAUGCCCCGUCUGUGAGCAUUCCAAGAGGAGGAAUCAAAGGAAUGGGAGAGACUGAGAGGAAUGGAAGGGUGGAGACAAAAGAGAAAAGACUAUGGACUCCUGGGAGUUGACUACAGACCUCUUGGUCGCCUAUUUUAAAUUAUCCAGAUGUGUUAGGUCAUAGGCAACGCCAUGUAUUUCCACCUUGAUAUCUAUUAGUUUCAUUUAGGUUUUUUUUUUUUGUCAAUAAUAUAUAACCUUUUAACAGUUUUUUUAAAAAUGUGAUUUUUUUUUUAACUGUAUCGAACACAGAACUUCCAACCACGUGAGGCAUUUUGUUUGUUGUGUCAGACUCUGUCCUCUAGGGGGUCUACAUUUCAACUUCUUUUUGUGUUAGCUGUCUUAAACGUUGUGGACGCACCGCUCCACGACUUGUGCUAAAUGAAUAAAAAUUAAGUGACCAAAAUAUAUUUAUUGACACAGUUCUGUUAGGAGAAUGGGAGCCAAUCAAAUUGCGCAUCUGUGUAGGUGGAGUGGAGAGGACUCGUCUUGUGAAAAGGUUGUAUACUUUGCUUUUUUUUUACUGCUUGUCUGGUCUAUUGCUGUAUCCAUAUUCUGUGAACGGGGCUGUCACUCAAAAUAACGUCAGGAUGUGUUCUAUGUUGCCGAGGCUAAACCUUCAAGUUAACUCUCUGUUUCUUUGUAGGUAAAACCCUUUUGACGUGGUACCUGCAGAAGUCAGUUCUGAGUGAGUAGCAAGUUCCUCUCGUGCAGGCACAGAGGCAUUACUAUUUGGUGAACGGCACUUAGGUAAAUAUUUUUGUUUCUGUAGCACUAAUGAUCUUGAAAUAUGUUGCUUUAUAGAAAAUUUGGCGUCUCGUUCGUCCUUCCUCCUGGGAGGACUGUUUACCUUAGGUUAGCCGACCAACAGUGAGGCAGAAAUGCUUCUGUGCCUUGCAGCAUAUUUCAGGACCAUUAGAGCUCUUGAAACAGAAAUAGGCAAAUUUUUAAAUAAACCAGUGUUGUAUUACUUUACCUACAAGGAGCUCGCUUGCUAACGGCAAAACUACAUAUUAGCAAAACAAAAACAGAAAACAGUACAGCUUACGAUUCUGGAGGUGAGGGGGGGUUUGUAACUUGUAAUUUGCCUUUUUUUUAAAAGAAGUUGAUGUAAAUUUUUAUUUCCAUCCAUGAGGAUGGUUUAGCUUGCUUCCUAACAACAAAAUGACAUAAUAUCUCAGGGCAGGUGUCUUCUAAAGCUGUUUCGUUAAAGGUUCACAGUCAUUCUAGUUAUUCUUGCUGACAGUGUACAACAAACUAGCAUCUUGUCCUGUUUAGUUCAUCUGAGGACUUUGUUGGAUCAGAAAUACUUUAGACAGCCCUGUGGAUAUUUCAGACUUCAACCCCCAGAAUCGUGUUUGUUUUUUAGAUUUUAAGAUAAAAAGUGACAAACCUUACUUACUGUGAAUGUUCAGAGGCCGAGGCUCCAGAAUCAGUGGGAACUCUGCAACAUUUGCAUGCAGGCAGGAAAAAAGGCCUCACACCACGACUGUAAAAGAGAUAUGGAUGUAGUUUGUCUGUGUGUCAGGUUGUUUCCAUUAAUCACACUGCAAAAGCACACUGACCAGGUCUGGGAUGUCGAGGCAGUCCAGUGGGUGAGGUCACCAAUUCUGUAUUAGUGAUCAGGAGGGAACGAGGGAGUAAAAGGUCGCCCAGCGGUCGUGUUUCCGUGGUUGCCUUCCUCAUAUACAUCAAACUGAGACACACCCUCUUCCUCCAGCCGCCACAGAGGAUUUUCAGGAAGCAAUUCCUUAUGUUUGACUUUAGCUGGGGGGAAAAAUCAGAACAUUUAUUUGGGAAAAGGCUUAGCUGAAGUCUCCUAGAUGGAGAAACACGGGCCCUAAUGCACAUCCUGUGGAGUCAGAGAGAAACAUAUGGUUCAUAUUUACAGUAAAGUCUGGAGUGAAAGGCUGUUUGUUGAGAGAGAGGACGGACCAGGUAGCUGUUGGACGUUGAAGGUUAGUUAGCACCGAUUGGCCGCAGGCCGCUCCAGCAGUGAGCUCUGGGGAGAAAAAAAAGUACAGCGUCGUGGGUAAAGAUGAUGAUAAUGGUCGUCGUGAUGUGUGAGAUGAUGAGUUCUCCAGCUGGGGUCGGUUGGACCUAAGUGCAGUGAACGUAAGAAAGAGAGAGGGAACGGGACAGGGAUUGGACAGAGGAGGAAUGGAAAAAUGAGCCUUAGAAAAAAAAAAGAAAGUGAAUUAAAAUCCCGAGAGGAGCCACGGAGAAUCUGUUCCACUGGAUAAGAGUAUCUGGAAUACCGCUCCCAGCCUUGUUAGGGUGGAGAAAAUGAACGGAGGCCAACGCUGAUGCAUCAGAGAAGAAGAAGUUUACAGUAGGGGCACGUAGGGAUACUAAAAGUGUGGUCCCCCUGUGUCCUCGCGUCUUGUCAUUGUAUUUGACCAAACAGUGUCACAGAUGGUGAACUGUUUUUCUGCAACACCUGUGAACAUACAUUGAAAUAUAUCAACGAUAGAAAAGGCAACAUUUUUGAUGCUAACACACCAUCAGCCGUCUGUCUUAUCAGUGUAUAACAAAGCGUCAUCGGGCUAACAUUGACACCAUCUGCUAAAAUCCAUUCCCAAAACAUGACGGAGCCUCCCAUGUUCUGUAUUAAGUGUUCCAAAUAGACAGUGUUGUUUUUUUUUGUUAUAAACUGGGGAAAACAGACAACUUCAACCUUGAGUCAUUUCCAUAUUUAAAAACUAACUUUCUGUUUUCCUUCCUUAGGAAAAUCCCAUGAGUGUGAAGUUAUGAGCUAAAACAACACAGGAGUGACUGAAUCAGAUCACAGUAACAGACACACGUUUAUCUUUUCACACUUUCUGGGAACAAAACUAAGAAAUGUUGUCAAGUUUGGAGUUUUUAAGGCGGGGGUCUCAAACUCAAAUAAGCAGACGGGGGCCCCUAGUGGCACUCAGCCUCUCCCUGGAGGACCACAUCAGUGUUUACAGUUUACUACAAAUACUACAGAUAUUUAAGGAAAUGUAUAUUUGUUUAAUAUAAAUACUUAAAUUUGGGAAAAACAUACCUUAAGGGCAAAAUUAAAUUAUUUAGAUUAAGUCAGAAUGACUGAUGUCAGGAGUGUGGCCUGGGGAAAACUCCAAGUUUGACGUUUUAAGUUUGACGACUUAAAAACCUUAAUCCUAACAGUUAUUUUGGUCCCUCCCUAUUUGUCCCUCCUGCAGCUGAUUUCACUCUGUUUUUGACGUAAUCUUCCCCAAUUAAAACCACAAACUCCCCGUGUCCCAGUUUAAAGUAUUUAGGACAUGAUUUUAAAAAACGUGCCUUCACAGCUUUCUGUUGACCAAAGUUUUAGCUCUCGUCCCAGGUUCUUCCCUUAUCCAGUUCUUUCCUCUCACCACGGCCGUGUGCCAUUUCAGUCACAUUUUCUUUUGGAUUCUCGUCAUUAUUUUUUUUAACCUUAUUAGUCUGUGAUUUUAAGUGACCUUAACAUAAACGCUGUAAACUUCACAUGCUGUUAAGACAGAAUCCUAACCCCGACUGUGAUGUAGCCGUGACCUAAAUCUCUUAGAAAUGAGCACUUACCAAGUAACGGUAUCACGUUAUUGGUGGUAAAGAUUGUCAUGUUUUCUUUCUUUUUUUUGUAUGUAUUUCAUAUAAAACUAGUGUUGAGACGCUCGUUGAUUUUUUUUUUUUUUACACUUUAGCCUCUUUAAUAAUUAUAAUAAAUGUGUGACCCAUACACACAAACAGAGUUACAGAAAAAUGUAACGAAGGCCGCAUGAGCAGAGCCUCGCAGCUGUACAGAAAAGGUUAAAGACUCGAGCCAGAGCCAGUUGUGACUGAUUUUAUUAAGAAAAUCCAAGUAUCAGUGUGAUCUUCUUGGUAACACAGAAGACAAGUGGCCUGUAAUUGUGGUAUUUUCUUUAGUGCUUUUGUGCUGCUUCACAUUUGGAUGGUGUCGUCAGUUUGUCUCACAAAGCCUGGUUUAUGUGUAUGAGGCGAGAGAGAAGAAAAACUACAGGUCAAGGCAGUGCUGUGAAAUAAUAAUAAAAACAAAACAAAAAAUCCAGUAAUAAUAAUAAUAAUGAAUAAUGUAAUGUCAUGCUCUUAAUACUGUCCUCUCCGGGAGGAAAUGUGUUCAGGUGUAAUGGUUUAGAAGAGUUUAUUAGUGUUGCAGAAGACGUAAUAAAACGACAUUAAAAAUGA